UUCAAUUAGCAACCAUCGUAAACAACAUGGCGGACGAAACAAAAGAAAACGCAGAUUCGCUCAUUGCGGAUAUCCACAAAAGAAUAACAGAAGCUUUUGAAAUAUUCGACAAUGAAAACAAUAAAACAGUGGAUGUAAGAGAGGUUGGCACUAUCAUUCGUUCUCUGGGCUGUUGUCCCACAGAGGCUGAGCUCACAGAUAUGCUGGUAGAGAUUGAAGAAGAGGAUGAGGCAGGCUAUAUUAGAUUUGAAAAAUUUCUAUCAAUGAUGACAAAAGUUUUGAUGGAAAGGAGGUACAAACCUUCACCAGAAGAUGUUCUCUUAAAAGCAUUUCUUGUGUUAGACCAAGAGGGAAAGGGGUAUCUUACACAAGAUGAACUAGCCAAGUAUAUGACAGAAGAUGGUGAACCAUUCCAGCAGGAAGAAUUAGAAGAAAUGCUUUCAGCUGCUGUAGAUCCAGAAAAAGGGACAAUUUUAUAUAAAGAGUAUGUGUCCAGGAUGGCUGUUGAAGAAGUGUGAGGGGUGGGCAAUACAAUAUCCAAAAAUUGAACAUGCAGAGACCAUAAUUGUGUGAAACAUUCCCAUUAUAUGAUAUUUAAGAAGAAAAAGGAUUAUGGGGAAUACCUAUAUACAUGUGUAUUAUUCACAAACCAAGUGUGUGAAUGUUGAGGAUGAUUGAAAAUAAUUAAGAAUGCAAGGAAGGAUGAUUCAAUAAAACAAGGGAUAAGAAAUGUG